AUGCAGUUAUGAAUGAGAAUUGGAUGAUUGCCUCCUGGGUGAUGGUGCAGUCUGAGAGAGAGAAGUCCCUUGAACCCAUGUACCAGGGGUUAGCAAGGAGGUACAAUGGUGCAGGGGUGGAGAAGGCCAAUUACCACUGGGUAGACAGGGAUUGCUGCGCACCAUUCAAAAUCCCUGACCUUCACCACGGAGAGCACCUCAACUGGGAUGCCUGGAGUACCACACAAUCUAUCAUCACUGAGGCCACUGCUGGGCCUUUGGAGAACACCUGUGCAUCCCGUACACAAUACAACCCCAACAUUGUGGUCAAGUUGGAUUUGUUUCACUGUAUGAGGCGUUUCACACGGGAGUGCACUUCAGAGCAUCAUCCCCUCUACAGCACCUUUUGUCAGCUCCUCUCUGCUGCCUUUUCUGUCGUGGAUCAGGAGGACCUGCAGAAGCUCAGGGAUGCUUAUCAGUUCUGUGGAAUUCAGCCAUCAAAUCCUACAAAACAGCACAUCAGAGAGCACUGUAGGACCAGAAUUCCACAGCCAACAGAACUGAUCGACAGAGUGGAGAAAGUUCUUCUGCAUUUCCACCUAACCACAGACCCAAACAACUUACCUCUCUUCAAACCUUCGAUGCUGAAGACAUGGCGUAUCCAGAGGGUGCACAUUCUCCGUGGGUGCCUCAGUGACCCUGAGGUCACAGAGGGAAUCCUGUACAGGUAUGGGGGAACUCUGCAGCUUAAUCAUGUCCCUGGUGAAGGUGCAAAAGUCCCCAUAUGGAUUCCAGUCAGAGGGACCUCACAACAGGAGGGGUAUCAUUUCCACCAGGCCCAGUGGAUUACUGGAACUCAUGUGUCCUGCGAAUUGUUCCAGGCCCAGGGAAUGACAGGGGUGGCACGGUGGAACUACAAGAGGCUUCUGGACCUUAAGCAGCCAGAUGUAAUCCUCCCACCUGUGUUUGAUCCAGUACUGAUAACUGAGCUAAACUCUGCUUCAAAGAGAGUGACUGGGAAAGAGAAGUACCCUGUACUGCACCUCUCUGACAGGGACACGGGAGAGAAGUUUGGCCUUGAAUACAGAGAGCCAGAGUGCCGUCCAGUUCAACUUGAUUGGAACAAACAUAGGGUGCAAAAGAAAGAUACUUCUGUUCUUGUGUCUCUCCCCCCUGACCCAACACCACCCACUACUGUGCCUGUGUCCCAGUCCCCCCAAAUUAAACCUGCUGCAAUCCAUAAGGUACAGAUGUUGUCCCAAGGAAGCAUGGAACCUCCAGUUAAAAUGGAAACCUCUAGUACCCCACCCCUGCCUUUGCAGUCCUCACCAAGGAGUGCCCGCACUGGACCAAUCAAGACUGGUGGACGAGUGUUCGUCUUGGACCACAAACGCUGGACAUCAUCAAUGAAGGAGGCUAUAGACGGCCUCCUAGACAAUUACCAUGGACAGAAAGACAUGUUGAAGCUUGUGGAUCAAGACUAUGCAGCUAUGGUCCAUCGGUCUGCCACAGAUCCAAACAGUCUGCUUCAUCCCACAACUAAAUACCAUAUAACACAGUACAUAAAACACCUGGCUAAACAGUUAAACACAAGUUCAUCACUGAACACGAGUCCAGAAAAACUUUUGGAGACACAAAAACUGUGGCAAAGUUUAACUGAGGGAAGUGAGACAGUCCAUGUCCCAGUUGUAGAACUGCCACCAGCCAUUGUGAAUCCAGCAGAUCCGAUCUCACAGCCAGCAUCUGAGAAGCAACUAACACAGGAGAAUGUACAGAAAAUAGUACAGGACAUAUUGCUACAUCAGCAGGAGCAGCAACAGCAGCAGCAGCAACAAAAACCCAGACAGACGAAAAAAUGUCUUGCGUGUGGGCAGCCAAAAUCCCGCUACCAAAGUGACGGAUCAUCAAUUCAUCACUUUUAUCAACAAGGGCCUGUUAGAUAUCACUACUGCUCCACAAAGGUGUUUAAAGCCUAUUCUAUGGAGGGACUGACAAAUCCUAGAAUGGCCUUUGAAGAGUUUGCACAGACUGACUUCUUUCAGCGUGAACUGCAAUUAACAAAGCGCAGAGUGGAAGACAAAGCUGAAAAGAAGAGGAAACUCCCGGACCCUCAACCUCAGGGAAGGUUGUGCCGUUUCUGUCGCACAGAGCUAAAGCAGGGCCCAAACAGCAAACAUAUUCACACAGGGUUUCCAGGAGUGGCAGGAAAAUACAUUUACUGCCCACCUAAAGUCCUCGCCUUAUAUAAAGACAGAGGCAUGGCACAGGAAAUGACAUGGAGGGAAUUUCAAGCCUCAUCAUUCUAUGUCAUGGAAAAGGAGAGAUGGGCAGCAGAGAGAAAGAAAUAGAAAUUCUGAACUUGAUGCAUUU